AACCUACCCGUUCCACGCUGGCAAGAUCUGACCAUUCCACCACGUGAAUCUCAACUUAAAGCUCCGCCAUCCAAAUUUAAUCAUUCACACUCCCCACCGCCACCACCACCACCACAUCGAUCUCCGAACACUCAGCAUGCGGCCCCUAUAAAACCGAUGAAUAGUACCACCCCGGACACAGUGGCCAACACGUCGGUUGUUCCGCGUCAUCGACCUCGAGCUACUGCUCCCAAUCCAACCGUGGACAAUCCGAGACUGGAACGAUCCACAGGUUUGGAGACGAAAGCAAUUGGUCCACAUAUUUCUAUUUUGCUCAAGCCUCCUCCUCCGCCACCACCCACAGCACCACCACCAACAUCCCAAUCUUCCGUGUCUGACCACAAUCCGGAUCCGGGGAUUGUCGACUACCGGGCACACGAUUCCCUUGAUCCGAAUGGUAGUUCCCCGCCGGAAGAGCGCUCUAGACGUGUAAGCAAUCUGUUUAUUUUUUGUUUUUUGUUACUCAUUCACUCAUUACGAGGAGUAUUUUGUUUUGAAAUUCGCCUGUUCCUAUAUCUAUAUAUAAUUCGGCAGUCUUUCAGAGGAAUAAAUUCCUUUUCGUCAUUCAAAUUUUGA